UCCGGUCAGUUCGCCACUGAUUUCCGAGGACUCGACGGCGUGGUCAAGACUUGAGGAGCUUGACCCGCUCACGAGAGAGGACUUCGCUUGGAUGCCUCUACCCUCGACCGGAACCUUGCCAAGGCCGCAUUGCAACGCCUUGAUGGCAAUUUACGCUCCUAUUUGCACACUACAUUACCAGCUCCGUUGAUGGACGACGGGGUAGCGGUUGUCGAUCUCCGCUCCUAUCUUGCCAAGAUUGACCGCGAGUACGCCACCCAAAGGUACGCCGAAACCGACGCGCCUUUGCUCUAUAUCCGCAUUCAAAUCGGAAAGGCAACCUGUAGUGCCUUGAUUGAUUGCGGAGCGUCUCGCAACUUUAUAAGCCAAGCCUUUAUGGCCCGCGCAGGUCUUGGCCCGCGCGUUCGAAGGAAGACGCAACCCACGCAAGUUACACUCGCGGACGACCGCACGCAAAAGUCCAUUGACAGAUGCGUUGACGACGUUCCGGUAUACUUGGCCCCACUUGCGUGCGAGCCGGUGUCUUUUGACAUCCUUGACACCAAGUUCGACAUGAUUCUAGGCAUGUCUUGGUUGCGUAGCGCUGAUCAUCCGGUGAACUUUCAUGACCGAACCGUUCACAUCCGUGAUCGGAACGGAGAGUUAGUCCCACGUACGGUCGCGACCCCUCACACUUUGAUUGCUUGUCACGUGGUUUCCGUUGCGAGAAUUCGCGACGCCAUUGCUCGGAAUGACGUCGAGGAGAUGGGCCUUGUAUUCUUGCAUGCUUUCCCCUCGCUGGACGGACCAGCCGCGUCACCGCCGGACCCACGCAUUUCUCACCUCUUGGAUGAGUAUAGAGACGUCUUCGAGGCGCCCACCGAAACGGUUCCGGAUCGGCCCAUACGUCACGGGAUCACUCUCGAGGCUGGCGCCGUACCUCCGCGUGGAUGUAUCUACCACAUGAGCGAAGAGGAACUCGAGGUGCUUCGCACUCAACUCGAUGACCUUCUCGACAAGGGUUGGAUUCGCCCUAGUUGUUCGCCCUACGGUGCCCCUGUUCUCUUCGUCUGGAAGAAGAACAAAGAUCUACGGUUAUGCAUCGAUUAUCGUAAACUUAACGCACAAACCGUAAAGAACGCCGGCCCUCUCCCUAGGAUUGAUGAUCUCCUUGAGCGAUUAGGCGGUGCGACGUACUUCUCGAAGUUGGACUUGAAGUCAGGUUACCACCAGAUUGAAAUCCAGCCUCAAGAUCGGUACAAGACCGCGUUCGAGACACGGUACGGGCAUUUUGAGUGGGUUGUCAUGCCAUUUGGCCUCACCAAUGCCCCCGCGACUUUCCAAACAGCGAUGACAACUGAGUUUCGCGACUUGCUCGAUCGCAGCGUCCUCAUCUGCCUUGAUGACAUCUUGGUUUACAGUAGGACGUUGGACGAGCACAUCGUACACCUUCACGUUGUUCUGGAUCGUUUGCGACUAGCCAAGUACAAAGCGAAUCUCGACAAGUGCGAUUUCGCCAAGCAAGAGCUUGAGUACCUAGGUCAUUUUGUCACGCCGAAAGGCAUUCGUCCCUUAGCGAACAAGAUCCAAGCCAUCGUGGAUUGGCUGGAACCCCGUUGUACGACGGAUGUACGCUCUUUCAUGGGUUUGGCUGGAUAUUAUCAGCGAUUCGUCGAGUCAUACUCGAAAGUGGCCGCUCCUUUGUCGAGACUUCAGUCCCCGAAGGUGCCCUUCGAGUUCGACGACGCAGCCCGUGGCGCGUUCACUACGUUGAAGGCAGCGAUGCAAGCCGCACCUGCCCUCCGUAUAUACGACCCCACCCUACCCACCCAAAUGACUACGGACGCUUCGGGAUACGGGAUUGGUGCGGUGUUGGAACAGUGUCACGAGGACGGUUGGCAUUCGGUCGAGUAUUUCUCCCAAAAGGUGCCUCUCGUAAACACUCUCGACGACGCUAGGAAGAAAGAGCUACUCGCUUUCGUCACCGUUCUCAAACGGUGGCGCCACUUUCUUCUCGGCCGUCGGCGUCUUAAAUGGAAUACGGACAACAAUCCGUUGACCUUUUACAAAACGCAGGAUACGGUCACUAGCACGAUCGGUCGAUGGAUGUAUUACAUCGACCACUUCGACUUUGACCCGUGCCACAUUCCCGGUCUCGCCAAUCGAGUUGCGGACGCCCUCUCACGACGGCCCGACUUUUGUGCCAUUGUGACCACGGCAUUCGACCUCGAUGACGAUCUGCAAUCGCAUUUCGUCAAAGGCUACAAGUCCGAUCCGACUUACUCUACGCUAUAUGCAGAGCUCUCAUCGGAUCACCCGCCGGCUAGCCACUAUCAGAUUUCCGACGGGUUCCUUCUCCUUCACACGAGAGGAAAGGACUUGCUAGUUGUGCCCCAAGAUCGCAUUUUACGGACUCGCCUUCUCGGCGUAUCCCACGACGCACGACUUUCGGCACACCUUGGCAUGAACCGCACAUUAGCACGCCUCCACCAGCGUUUUCACUGGCCCGACGUCCUUCAUGACAUCACGAGGUACAUUGAGUCAUGUGCAGUUUGCCACCGCAACAAGGGUCGAUCUCGAGUCCCCUUCGGCGAACUGAAACCGUUGCCGAUCCCUCRGGCACCACGCCUCUCCAUUGCUAUGGACGUGACAGACCCGUUUCCCCGCGAUCGCCACGGCCAUGACGCGCCUGAGCUCGCACGACUCUUGCACACCGGUUGGAUUACCAACCAAGGUGUUCCGGAAGACAUAGUGAGUGAUCGAGAUACUCGCUUCAUGUCGGCCUUUUGGAUUUCCCUCAUGGCUGAGUCCGGUACGACAAUGAAGCCGAGCUCGGCUCGGCACCCGCAGACGGAUGGCCAGACGGAGGGAGCGCACCAGACCGCUCAGAUGAUGUUGCGUACGCUCAUCCGUCCCGACCAGAAAGAUUGGGUUGACCGGCUUCCCGACAUUGAGUUCGCUUACAACACUUCGGUGCAYCCRACGAUCUGCGUCACACCAUUCGAGCUASAUCAUSGUGGAGAGAAAGCACGGAUCUUCGCUGAUCUCCUUUUGCCACAGGCUGCCGACAUAGACGUCCCUUGCUCUCCCGCUUCCRUYCGGAAGURCMGGGACUUGYUGAUCAAAGCCCGYGCAAAUAUGCAAAAGGCUCAGAUCCGCAUGCAGCAGCAGGCUAACCGACGUCGACUUCCAUGUCUUUUCCGCGAGGGAGACCUUGUUUGGGUCCUCUCCGAGGAAUUUGCGCUCGAACAGGACGUUUCGCACAAACUCCUUCCGAAAUGGUUCGGACCAUGGGAAGUCACUUCUGCCGUUGGAGACGACCCCGCAGGUCCUUCCUUCGUGAUCAACAUUCCACCGCACCUUACAGUGCAUCGGGUCUUCCACGCAUCGAAGCUGGCCAUCUACACGCCACCUCCUGCUGACGAGUUUCCCRGACGUCGAUCACAGGAUCCGCCUUCUAUGGACGGACAUUAGGAAGUUGACCGAGUCAUCACGCACCGCAAGUAUGGCAACAAGCCAAUGCAGUUCAAGGUCACAUUCAAGCAAUGUGCGCCUGAUGA